CCCCUCCUUCUGCUAUAAAUAAUCCGGACUAGCGGGUCAGGCACGUCACACGGCGAGAAACCGGGACCCCGAGGUUUUCUUCCCAGGGAAUAGGGGGCAAAGGGUGAGGAGCAGGAGGAAGAAAUCGCUCCAAGAAAAUCUGCUAGGUCCCAGGCAGUCGCUGCUGCCCCUUUGAUGUUUUGGUACGCCGUGCGCAUGCGCCUCACAUUAGAAUUACUGCACUGGGCAGACUAAGUUGGAUCUCCUCUCUUCAGAGAAACCCUCAAUCCCAUCAAAAACUAAAGGGAUGUGGAGAGUCCGGAAAAAGGGCUACUUUGGGAUUUGGUCAUUUCCCUUAAUAAUCGCCGCCGUCUGUGCGCAGAGUGUCAAUGAUCCUAGUAAUAUGUCACUGGUUAAAGAGACGGUGGAUAGACUCCUGAAAGGCUAUGACAUUCGUCUGAGACCAGAUUUUGGAGGUCCCCCCGUGGCCGUGGGAAUGAAUAUUGACAUUGCCAGCAUCGAUAUGGUGUCUGAAGUUAACAUGGAUUAUACAUUGACGAUGUAUUUUCAACAAGCCUGGAGAGAUAAGAGGCUGUCGUAUAAUGUGAUACCUUUAAACUUAACUCUGGACAACAGAGUAGCAGACCAGCUCUGGGUGCCCGAUACCUACUUCCUGAAUGAUAAGAAGUCAUUUGUGCACGGAGUGACCGUCAAGAACCGGAUGAUCCGCCUGCAUCCCGAUGGGACUGUCCUCUAUGGCCUCAGAAUCACAACCACAGCUGCCUGCAUGAUGGACCUAAGGCGGUAUCCACUGGAUGAACAAAACUGCACCUUGGAAAUUGAGAGCUAUGGAUAUACAACUGAUGACAUUGAGUUUUACUGGCGUGGGGAUGAUAAUGCAGUAACGGGAGUGACAAAGAUUGAACUUCCCCAGUUCUCUAUUGUGGAUUACAAACUUAUCACCAAGAAGGUUGUUUUUUCCACAGGUUCCUAUCCCAGGUUAUCCCUCAGUUUCAAGCUAAAGAGAAACAUUGGUUACUUUAUCCUGCAAACGUACAUGCCUUCCAUCCUGAUCACUAUCCUCUCCUGGGUCUCCUUCUGGAUUAACUAUGAUGCUUCGGCCGCAAGAGUGGCAUUAGGAAUUACAACCGUCCUUACAAUGACCACCAUCAACACCCACCUCCGGGAGACUCUCCCUAAAAUCCCCUACGUCAAGGCCAUUGACAUGUACCUGAUGGGGUGCUUUGUCUUUGUUUUCAUGGCCCUCCUGGAAUAUGCCUUGGUCAACUACAUCUUCUUCGGAAGGGGACCCCAACGCCAAAAGAAAGCAGCUGAGAAGGCUGCUAGUGCCAACAGUGAGAAGAUGCGCCUGGAUGUCAACAAGCUUGGCCAAGGAAAAGUCAUCCAAGAGAGAAAAGGGUCAGCCUAUCUGCAGAGCCACCUUAAUUCUAUUCCCUGGGCCCAGAAUUCAACUCAGCACAGCCAGCUGUGGGCUGACUCUUCUCACACUCUGCCUCCCCUUUCUCCUUCUCAGAUGGACCCACAUGAGAACAUCUUACUGAGCACCCUUGAGAUAAAAAAUGAAAUGGCCACCUCUGAGGCUGUGAUGGGCCUUGGGGACCCCAGGAGCACCAUGCUGGCCUAUGACGCCUCCGGCAUCCAGUAUCGGAAAGCCGGGCUGCCCCGGCACAGUUUUGGCCGAAAUGCGCUGGAACGACACGUGGCGCAGAAGAAAAGCCGCCUGCGGAGACGCGCCUCCCAACUGAAAAUCACCAUCCCCGACUUGACUGAUGUGAAUGCCAUAGACCGGUGGUCCCGCAUAUUCUUCCCAGUGGUUUUUUCCUUCUUCAACAUCGUCUAUUGGCUUUACUAUGUGAACUAAAACAUAGCCUUUCGCGGGAAGCAAGGACUAGAUUCCUCCUCAAACCAGUUGUACAGCCUGACAUAGGACUUGGAAAACACAUCAACCCAGGACAAAAGUGAUGCUUAAAUACCUUAGUUGCUGGCCUAUCCUGUGGUCCAUUUCAUGCCAUUGGGGUUGCUUCUCCUAAGUAAUGAAUGCAGGAAGGUCCUUGUGGUUUUCCAGUUAAAACGCAAGUGAUUUGUACACAUGCUGGCAAGACCGAGUCUCAGUGUUCCACUUUCUGUGCUUAGUAUGCAGCCGACGCAGAGGGGAGUUGUUUAGAAGAUAUUCUUAGAAGGCUCACAGGCAUGGUCAGCCACUUCGCUGAGAAGUGGUCCUGUCCAGACUCUCCCGUCGUCAUUCCUAAGGUCAGCUUGCUGCGGCGGCAGCCACAUGCUUCUGAAACAUCGUCCCCAGUGCCACGUGGACACACUUACGGAUGGUGGUCUGUGCCUGUCUCAUUAUGGUGAUGAUGGUGCUGUGGGAAGGUAAUUCCCACUGGUUUCUAGAAGGUUCUCUCGUGUAGUUCAAACAGGAUAGAAGGAGUCAAGACAGACAUUCAAGAAACCAACUUGGCCAAUUUCAGAUUGCUUGAGCACUGGGAAUCAGCUCUGACGUCUUCCAUUUUGCCAUUUAGAGAUCAGGAGAAUUCUAAACGUUAUCACGCAUGAUGGCCAAAGAAAUUUUUUUUAAAACACUAUGUCCUAGGUGGUUAAAAGGAGAGUUGAAAACCCAGAGCGGAGUGGAAAAUCCAGAAAUGAGUGUUGUAACAAAAUUAAAGCAAGCAAGCACCAUGACCCUUACAGCCCCACGCAGCAUCUGGUCUAUACAAGUUGUGAGCAGUAGCAAAAGGUAGAAUAAAAGAUUUUUUUUUUCCGAACUUCACAAACUUUUGAAAGCAUACCUCCAGAGGCUUGUAUAGUUUAUCUGAUUAAAAAACAUCCACAAAACAGAAAAGUUAGCCAAAUUAGAAUUAUCUUAGAAGUAGGUUAGACUGAGAGUUAUUCAAGUGCACUAAUAC